AUGCAGGAUAUGUCUGGUCCUCAGCCGGGGCCCAGCGCUCCGGGCCGCUUCGGCCAUGCCUCGAAGCCCUCGAACAGCGACACGGGCUUCUCCCACGGCGCUUUCACCUCCAACAUUUCUGGCUUUGCUGACAGACAUCCUCGCCGCGGAAACAUUCCUACUAUCAAUACCCAGCCGAUCCAACACCAUCAGCAGGCACCCGCAAAUGGCGCCGAUCUGACCAGCCCAGGCACUGCUUUCGAUAUGCAGUUUACGCCUCUGCUCCCAUCUCAGCUGCUUCUGGGCAGCCCGUUCCAGCCGGGAACCCCGGCUGCAUUCGCAAGCCCGCACUUUCAGAACGUUGGCAGCUUUCAGCAGGCCCAGCAGCAGAGCCUCCAGCAGCAGCAGAACGGAGCGUCGAGCCCAGUUCAACAGAGCAUCUCCCCCCAGAUGUACCAGUCAAUUGUUUCGCCUUCGGCUUACGGUGCCCCUCAGUUCUACUCUCCGCAGUCCCCGACAGCGUCCUUCAACAAUGUGACGGGUCAGAUCCAGGUUCCCAUGCAGCCGACUUCGCCCGUGUCCAUGGGACCAGGGAUCGUAAGCGGGACAAGCCGGACAGUGUACUUGGGCAACAUUCCCCCGGACACCACUGCCGAGGAGAUCCUCGGGCAUGUGCGCAGCGGCCAAAUUGAGUCUGUCCGCCUACUCCCAGACAAGAACUGUGCUUUCAUUUCGUUCUUGGAUGCGAGCUCCGCCACUCAUUUCCACUCUGAUGCCAUUUUGAAGAAACUCUGCAUCAAAGGCCAGGAUAUCAAGAUUGGAUGGGGCAAGCCGUCUCAGGUGCCGACUUCGGUUGCUUUGGCUGUCCAGCAGUCUGGAGCCUCGCGAAACGUAUAUCUUGGGAACCUCCCUGAGGACAUCACCGAGGCCGAGUUGCGCGAGGAUCUGGGCAAGUUUGGUGCCAUCGACACGGUGAAGAUUGUGCGCGAGAAGAACAUUGCUUUCGUGCACUUUCUUUCCAUUGCCAACGCGAUCAAGGCUGUCUCGCAGCUUCCCCAGGAGCCGAAGUGGCAAUCGCCGCGCCGGGUCUACUAUGGAAAGGAUCGGUGCGCCUACGUUUCCAAGACUCAGCAGCAGAAUGCCGCGCAGUAUCUUGGAAUCGCUCCUGGCUACGCGCACAUGCUGACAGGUGCUGACCGUGAUCUUAUCUCAAACGCACUGGCUCAGCAGUCGGUUGCCGCUGCCGCUGUGGCCACCACAGCCGGUGGCAUCAGUAAUUUGGGCAACCGAACCAUCUACCUCGGCAACAUUCACCCGGAGACGACGAUCGAGGAAAUCUGCAACGUCGUCCGUGGCGGCCUUUUGCAUCACAUCCGAUACAUUCCUGACAAGCACAUCUGCUUCGUGACCUUCAUUGACCCCACAGCUGCUGCGUCCUUCUACGCCUUGAGCAAUCUCCAGGGGCUCAUGAUCCACAACCGUCGGUUGAAGAUUGGUUGGGGCAAGCACUCGGGUGCGCUUCCGCCCGCCAUUGCUCUUGCCGUUAGCGGAGGCGCCUCGCGAAACGUCUAUAUCGGAAAUCUUGAUGAGACUUGGACCGAAGACCGGCUGAGACAAGACUUCUCCGAGUAUGGAGAAAUCGAGCUCGUCAACACGCUGCGCGAGAAGAGCUGCGCCUUUGUCAAUUUCACCAACAUUGCGAACGCCAUUAAGGCCAUCGAAGCAGUCAGGGGUAAAGAGGAGUAUAAGAAGUUCAAGGUGAAUUUUGGCAAGGACCGCUGCGGCAAUCCGCCUCGACAGCUGCAGCAAUCACAGUCUCCGCGCGGUGAGCAGGUCCCGUCGCCACCCCCUAACGGCUCGAGCCAGAACGGCAACUCGCCUACUGGCGCUACUGGUGCCGCGGCCGCCGCUGCGCUGUUUAACACGACCAACAACCCCCUGACCAUGUAUCUCAAUCAUGUCUCGCAGCAAGCGCAGCAGCAGCAACAGCAGCAGCAACAUGCGCUGGUAGCUCAUCAGGCCGCACUGUUUGGAACGGCUUCCUCCUCGCCGAACGAGCCUGGCCUCACCCUGGAGGUUCCUCAAGGGCCCAUUUCGGGUCACCAGCAGUCAGCUAGUAUCUCGAAUGGAUACAUUAGCAACCCAAACACAUCCGGACCGACGACUAUUGGCGGUCUCCUCGCUCCUGGCAACCCUCGGGCCUCCCACAAUCGCGCCGUGAGCCUCCCCGUGCUGGCACCCGGUUUUGAGAACGGUGGGGCAAGCCCGAACAGCCUGCACGGUAGCACCGGAGGCAGUGAUGGCGAGCGCCGCGGACACCAGUACCAAGCAAGCUUUGGUGGUAUGGGUGCCGGAUUUGGCCUCGGCCUGCAGGGGAAUUUGAAUGGUUGGGUUGAGGAGGAGGUGGCCAACUAG